GCGGCGCGGCGAGGCGGCAUGGCAGCGGCCGCAGUGGCCGGCGGAGCUGAGCGGCGGCCGGCGCGAGGAGGUACAGAGUGUAUUUUGGAGCCUCUAUCUCUGCCAGAAAGUCCAGGUGGUGUUGCUCCUGUAGAAAGUUCUCCCUGUGUGCCUUGCAUUUUCUGCAAAGAAUGCUGUCUCUUAGCAGAACAAAAUCAGCUCCUGAAGCACAUGAUUAUUGAACACAAGCUCGUCAUAGCAGAUGUGAAACUGGUUGCAGAUUUUAGAAGGUACAUCUUGUACUGGAAGAAGAGGUUUACAGAACAGCCCAUCACAGAUUUUUGUAGUGUGAUAAGAACAAAUUCGGAAGCUCCAUUAGAAGAACAGGAAAAUUAUUUCCUUCUAUGUGAUGUUUUACCAGAAGACAGACUACUUAGAGAACAGCUUCAGCAAAAGAGACUGAGAGAAAUUCUGGAACAGCAACAACGAGAGAGAUACGACACAAGUUUUCGUAGCAUGUGCAUGUUCUGCGAUCAAGAAUUCACAGGAAACAGAUCUGUCCUUCUCAAUCAUAUGGCAAGAGAGCAUGCUUUUAACAUUGGGCUGCCAGACAACAUUGUGAAUUGCUGUGAGUUUUUGGCUGUAUUGCAGGAGAAGCUUGACAAUUUGCAGUGUUUAUACUGUGAAAAAAUCUUCAGAGACAAAAACACACUUAAGGAUCACAUGAGAAAGAAGCAGCAUCGCAGAAUCAAUGCCAAAAACAAAGAAUAUGAUAAGUUUUAUAUCAUUAAUUACUUGGAAUUUGGAAAGUCCUGGGAGGAAGUGCAGUCAGAGGAUGACCGGGAAUUACUAGAUAACCUAGAAGAAGACUGGUCUGACUGGGAAGAGCAUCCUGUAUGUGCAGUUUGCCUGUUCUGUGAACAACAAGCAGACACCACAGAAAAACUGUAUCUUCACAUGCAGAAAUCACAUGGAUUUGACUUUCCCAAAAUAAAAUCAGAGCAUGGUCUGAACUUUUAUCAGCAAGUAAAGCUAGUGAACUUCAUCAGAAGAGAAAUCCAUUAUUGUCGUUGUUACAACUGCCAGGAGAAAUUUCAGUCUAAAGGAGAAUUGAUAAACCAUAUGGAAGAGACCAAGCACAUUACAUUCCUGCCAGCCAGGUCUACAUGGGAUCAACCACAGUAUUAUUUUCCUACCUAUGAAAAUGAUACACUCCUAUGUACGCUGUCAGACAGUGAAGAUCUGAUAACUGAGGAUCAAAGUGAAGGUAUCCCUGUUGUAAGUGAAGAUGUCUCCAAUCUAAGAGCUCUCAAACAGAGCAGUGUUUUAAACCAACUCUUGUGCGAAGAUAAGAAGAAGUAGGAGAAAUUUUGACUUUGAAUUACAGUUGCUAACUUUUGACAAAAAAAGAAAAACCACCACCACGUUCUUUCACUAAUACUGGAAUAUGAGUGGGCAAAUAUUACAUGAAUGGGAAUGCUAAAUAAAAUGUGUUCUGGAGAUGUUAGAACAAGAGUAUGCUGAAAAUGUACUGGGAAAGACUGAUCAGUCACUUAACUGUACCA